UGUUUAAAUAUAAUGGCGACAGGCAGGAGUUCUUUUGUUUGGAAGAGCCACUUUAUUGUUAAAAAAUAAGCAAGUUGCUGCCUCGGGUUGAAUGAUUUAAGCUGGUGAUUGAGGCCAAAUGAGAAGACAACUAAGAGAAAUUCAGGAGUGGAGGAAGCAUAGAGUGAGCAAGACAGAGAUAUGGCGGAGGCGGCGGUCUCAUUUGCGGUGGAGACACUGGGCAAUCUUGCGAUCCAGAAGGUGGCUUUCCUUCAAGGUGUGGAGGGACAGGUGAAUUGGCUGAAAGAUGAGUUGAAAAGGAUGCAGUCUUUCCUCAAAGACGCUGCCGAAAAGGGAGCUGACGACGAGAGGAUUCGUAACUGGAUAUCCGACAUCAGAGAGUUGGCUCAAGAAGCAGAAGACGUUGUUGACGCCUUCCUUCUCAAUGUUGAGAAUCCAAGAAGGAGCAGAGGGCUGCUGGGAAGGUGCGCUUGCUUCCCGCAACAUAUCUACCACCUCGAUAGGCUCGGACAAGAGAUAGAAUCCAUCCGGGUUCGGCUCCAAGCAAUCGAUGUAAGCCGCCAGCGGUACGGGAUUCAAGAUCUGGGUGGUGGGAUGAAUUUGUCGGGGAGAUCAGAAGAUGGAGGAAAGCGACAAUUGACUCCUUGGCAAAAAGACAAACACCUGGUGGGCUUGGAGAGAGAUGUUGAAAAGCUGAUAGAGAGAGCAGUUUUGGAGAAGUGGGAAGGGCUUUCCGUCGCCACUAUCGUCGGCAUGGGCGGCAUCGGGAAAUCCACUCUUGCGAGGGAAGUGUACAACCAUGCGGCCGUCGCUACUCGGUUUGACUGCCGCGCUUGGGCUGUCGUUUCCAGGGAAUUCAACCCCAGAGAGAUAAUCAAGAGUCUCAUGUUGCAGCUGGUGAAGCAAGAAAAACAGCGAGAGAUGCUGGAGAUCAUGGAGAAAUCGGACUUGCAAAAUGUGAAGAACAUGCUUCACCAAGAACUUGAGGGCAAACGAUAUUUCGUAGUUGUUGACGAUGUAUGGCAAGAUGAAGCUUGGGAAUCCUUGGCACCUGCUUUUCCAGAUGAAGAUAAAGCAAGUAGAUUGUUGCUCACAAGUCGCAUCCAGGGCAUUGCAAAGUAUGCUCGAUAUAAUCACAAGAUGAAUUUUCUAAACCUCGAUGAGAGCUGGGAAUUGUUCUUGAAGAAGGCAUUCAUUGACAACAUCAAUAGUAAAUGUCCACAACACUUGGAAGAUAUAGGGAGAGCUAUCGUGGAAAAGUGUGAUGGUCUACCAUUAGCAAUCACCGUCGUGGGAGGCCUGUUGGUGAAAAAGAGAGCGUCCAUGAGUGAAUGGCAGAAGGUUCUGAAAGGAUUGGAGUCUCAUUCGGGAAGCAGCGAAAUAUUACCAACUUUGGAAUUGAGUUACCACGAGUUACCUCCACAACUCAAGUCUUGCUUUUUGUGCUUAGGCUUCUUCAAGGAAGACUCUAUCAUCCGUGUAAGUAAGUUGGUGAAUCUGUGGAUUGCACAGGGCUUGAUCCAGCAAGAAGGUAUAGAAGGAGAAGAAAAGAUAACAAGGGAGGAGAUAGCAACAAGUUAUUUAGAUGAGUUGAUAAACCGAAACAUGGUUCAAGUGAAGGAGAUGAGCACAAGCGAUAGGGUUAAAACCUGUUACGUUCAUGAUCUUCUUCACGAUCUAUCCAUCAAAAAAGCAAAGGAAGAAAUAAGUUUUGAGAUCCUGAGGGAGGGGAGUUCUCGAUCCUUGGAUAAAGCCCGCCAUCUUGCUGUUUACUGUAGUGCAGAACGAUCCAUCUCGGGGAAUUCAAACACGCGUCUUCGCUCCCUUUUCAUCCGUGGAGUAGGCAUAGCUGAUGAAAUUCCAUCUUAUUGGAAGAGCUUUGGACGUCUUCGGGUACUUGACUUUGAAGAUUUUGAGGUGACAAAUUUGCCUGAUAGUAUUAGGGCACUGACUUGGUUGAGGUACUUGGGCUUAAGAAACACCAGUAUGAAGGAGCUCCCGAUGUCAUUGGGUUGCCUCAAAAACCUUGAGGUUCUUGAUAUAGCAAAAAACAAUGGCAUUGAAGUGCCGAAUGUUAUAUGGAAACUGGCUAAGUUGCGCUGUCUUUACAUGUCCCAGAUCAAGUGCAAGCUGCCAUUGAGAAUGGACACUUUGAAGAAUCUUCAGACUCUUAAAUACAUCCCAUCGCAUAAUUGGUCGCCAGAGCAUGCAACUCAGUUAACCAGUCUUUACAUCUUGAGCAUAGACCUAGGGGAGAACUUAGAUAUAGGCGAGCUUUGUACUUCAUUGGCUAAGAUGGAGAAUCUCGUCUCUCUACGUCUAAUUGGUUCAAUGGAACGAAAUGUUCGAUCCCUGGAUCAACUGGCAAAUCUUAACCGUCUCAGCAAACUUAAGAUAAAUUACCGUGUGGGCAAGUUACCUAGUGCUAGUAAUUUCCCUCCCUAUCUUUCUUACUUGAAAUUGUAUUCGUCCUUUCUCCGUGAAGACCCGAUGCCAGUGUUGCAGCAGCUUCCACAAUUACUGUACCUCAAUUUGGUUCUUGAUUCAUAUGUAGGUCAUGAAAUGGUAAUUUCACGAGAUGGGUUCCCCAGGCUGAGAGUCCUCUCUCUCAAUAGCCUCAGUAUGUUGAAGAAUAUACAGCUGGAGAGAAGUGCUAUGUUGGAGCUGAAUCGUCUGGAGAUCAUCGGUUGCCCUCUUCUGGAGAGCCUCCCGGAAGAGUUGAGAUUCAUGACUAAUCUAAAAGAACUGAAGUUGGAGACGACCCCACAACUUGCAUCUAAGCUCCAAGGUGUCAACUCGCACAUCAUCUCCAACAUACCAUCUGUUGAGUUGAUUAUAUCAGAAUGGCAUGGACCUUCCACAGAACUAGCGUUAACCGCCGCCUUACUCUUCAUUCGUGGAAUCCAUAAAGAAGACUAACAUUGUAAUUCACGCUCCCUGGCAUGCAUAUUUGUAGAUCAUCACCCCAUGUUGUGAAUGCUCAAAGAGUCUUUAUACGCUCCUUGGCAUACAUAUUUGUAGAUUGAAAAUCAAGAUCAGGUCUUUUCAUUGUUCCUCUACUAUAUAUAUUUCCUCCCAAGACCACCAAACAUAUUCCAAGUUAAACCAUAUGAGAAAUCAUCAUAUGCAAUGUUUUGUUCUA